AUGACCGCCACCCGCCCCUCUCGCUCGUCAACUCCCACGAGCCACCCUCUCAUCCAACCCCACACGGACCCUCCUCCGACCGCCUCGUCCUCGUCCCUCCUCGUCUCGCCAACCGUCUCACGCCCACCAUCCCCUUUACUCGUCUCGCGCGCUUCGACGCCGAACGGAGCGGGUCCCAGCGGAGGAGGAGGGGGGAUCAGGAGUCGACGCUCGCCGCUUCCGCACCCGACGACCCUCGCUGAGGUGGAGAGCGCGGCUGCGACAUCCUCUGUCACUGCGCAGAGCUCGGUGAGCGGAAUGGUCGAGCCGGAUGUGACGAGGCCUUCGCUGAGACGGGCGACGAACGAUGCGUUGGGCGUGUUGGACGGUGUGCGGGCUGCGAGCGACGACGGGCGAGGCGAAGGCUACGAUCUGAAGACGGACAAGAAGGGGAAGGGAAAGGCGAGAGAGUAUGUGCGGACGAACGGAGCGGGAGGGUCGAAAGAACGCGAGGUGAUCGUACACAAGGUCCAAAAGACCGACACCUUUGCUUCCAUCUCGCUCCAGUACGGCAUCACGCCCCAAGCGCUCCGCACCUCGAACCGCCUCUGGCCCUCGGACCCGCUCUUCCUCCGCUCCGACCUCCUCAUCCCCCUCGACCUCUGCAACCUCCCUUCCUCCUCCUUUGGCGUCGAGCGAAUAGCGCGUGAAGAGAACGGCGACCUUACCGUCUGGGAGAAACGGGCUCGGGCAGGACUUGAGCGAGGGAGGUUGGGCGAUGCGGCGGAGAGGGAGAGGAGGGAGGGGGAGGUGGUUAGUCCGCUGGCGAGGAGGGCGAGUCCGAUUGGUACUGGUCUGAUCGAUGUCGAUGGAGGGUUUGGGCGGAAUGGAGCGGCGGAGAACGAGUUCUUGAGCGUGUGGGAGGAAGAGGUCACGGCGACGCAGCCGCCUCUCACGCCUGACAUCGUCGCGCCCGUCCUCGCGGGUCCUUCAUCAUUUGGGACUGUCACUGCGCCUACGGCGACAGUCUCUGCACGACCAUCAAUCGAAGACGACCGACCGCUCUCGAUCGAAGAGAUCGUUUCUCGUACCGUCUCUCCCUCGUUCUCGACUUCGGCAUCAGCGACGACACCAUCAACUUCUUUCUCUCCCGAACCGCCUUCUUCGCCUAGCUCUGCCUCACCCAGCGCCGAGUCGGCUCUGGCGAAACGCACGCUACGGAUCGCCCGACUUCCAGCCUCGGACCUCGCCUUCUUCCCCGCGCCUACCUCCCAUCCUUCCUCUCCCAAAAAGCCCCCUCCAACCGCUCGACCACACUCAAAACCGUCCAAACCGGCACCCGAAUCCCUCUUCUUCGGCCCGCUCACCAACUCACUCACCUCGUCCCUCUCCUCACUCGGUCUCGACAAAUACCUCACUUCGUCCUCUUCCUCCACUUCCAAGUCUGCAAUCCGCCUCCCGCCUAGUCCGGCGUCGGAGCGGGGGAGGAGGAGAAAGUCUGGCUGGGGUCUGCUCGAUUUCGGAGCGGAGGAGGACGAGGCUUUCGGUGCGUCAGGUGGUGGAGGCGCGGGGGAUUACUUUGCGGCUGUGAGUGAGGCGAGUGCGGGAACGGGUCGGAGAGCGAAGGGGAAGAAGGGAGUGAAUGGGAUUGUUGGGCUCGAGGACGCGGAGACGUGGAGCAGGCGCGGCACGAUUUUAGACGGUGUGAGCGCGAACGGUACAGGUGGGAGUGCGGCAGGCAGAGCGAGGGGAGACGUGAGGGAUACGUUUGGGCUGCGAUAG